AUUCUCGAUAGCUUCCGCGCCUCACUGGCUCUCGAAAAGACUCCAGCAAGCGGAACUGGCAGCGGGCGAGUCAAGCGCACGCACCUGGAUGAACUCGACCAGCUCGCUGCCCGACAAUUUCGGGCUACCCAAGCUCCCACAAUCGCCCUCUCUGGCCGCAGCCUUCCGCUGAUAUACAAGGUGAUAUCGACUCUCGUCUCGUCGCCCCAUUCCAUGGCGCUGUUCGUCCUCGACCUUGAGGGUCGCUUCGAUGCCACUCGCCUCACAUGCGCCGACGAUGAUUUGCAGCAUGUCUACGUCCAGCAGCCGCCGUGCGACGAAAUUUCCAGCACCAGCGUGGAAGCUAUGCGCUCAUACAUCUCAGAAGCCGAGCACUUCAUGAUCUACGACCAAUCAUCUGCGGCGUCCCUCUCCCGCGAGUUCUGGGGCACGAUUGUGUUGGGCGGACUGGGAGCGGGCGACCUGGUUGCUGCAUGGAAAGGCUGGCUUCACGUGGAACGUGAACACGUCCCAGAGUAUUCUACCAGAAUCACCUUGGAAGAAGCCUUUGAGAGACGUCCUGAGAGACAGGAAGUCGUCGACCGUACUGGCUGGGCUGCAACCUCGCAGUGGGGGAGAUAUGUGUUUCUCGAAUGA